GAGGCUGAAAGAGAGAGCGAGAGGGUGGGAUGCAAGACAGCAUGCGAGAGCUGGCAAAAGAGAAGGGUUGGCUCACUCACCAUGCAGGCAGGCAGCGCGAGCAUCGGAACCGUUUGACAGCAUUUGAUGACAAAACCCGUUCUGAACUUCUAUCUAUCGCCACCUCAACGUUCUAUUGCGACCAAUGGUGGAUUGAUGGGAGAAACUCGCUGCAUAUUUGAGGGAGGCAUGUGCACAUUUCGAGACACAUCCGAAUCUAUUUCAGGAUCAGGACGAAUCCUGUGACCACAACGCCUUUGAGAGAGGAAAUGUCAAAGCAGUAAUAGAGUAUGCUGCUUCGCAAAUACGGAAUAAUGCACUGUUUAGGAUGGACGAGCUGAUGUUGUCCUCGUGAAUGAGAUUUUGACGAAUUUCCACAUUGCAGUGCACGCAUAGAUGUUUUGCUACAGUAAAUAUUCGCUCCUAUUUAAGACUAUGGUUCGUGUCUGACGUUAUUUAUUUCUAGUGGACACGACAGAAGACGUUCUAUGUAUCUUCAACAGCAGCGCUUCUGUAAAGCAUCUGGAUACCACAGUCUGGGAGACUCGAAGCUUGGAUGUCAACAGUAGCCCCCCCACAUCAGCCCUGGAGAAGCGUACCGCCGGGAUCUCAGUGGUGCUGAAAGGACAGCUCAUUGUUUCAGGUCUCCCAAAGUUGACUUCCACAGAAAGCAUCUGCUUUUCACUGCUAUACAGCCGACGGGUAGCUAAAGUACUCCAAAUGCAUUAUUAUUUGGCUUAACGGCUUCUGCCCGACUGUUCUAUUAGGGUUCAUGGCUGUGGCACGCAAAAUAAAAACUUUGCUCACGGUUAACAUUUUUGUUUUUGUGGGGAUCAUAUUGUUCUCGGUAUAUUGCAGAAUACAGGACCGUUCUGAGGAACUCAUUCAGAUCGGCAGGAUAUCAGACCAGAGACUGCGAGCCAGGAAUGGCAAAGUUUCCAACUUGGUGGACAGGCAGUCCAUACUUCAGAGGCUGGAGCGGCUGGAGGACGUUGUCUACAACCAAUUAAACGGCCUGGCUAAGCCCAUGGGGCUGGUGGAGGGGCCUGGGGGUCUGGGCCAGGGAGGAGCAGCUGCCACUCUGGGGGACGACAGCCAUGUUGACGGGGAGGGGAAGUACGAGGACUAUGGCUACAACGCCCAGCUCAGUGACCGCAUCUCCCUGGACCGCAGCAUCCCCGACUACAGACCCAAAAAAUGCAAGCAGUUGACCUACCAAGAGGACCUCCCUCAGAUCUCAGUGGUGUUCAUCUUUGUGAACGAGGCCUUGUCGGUCAUCUUGCGGUCCGUCCACAGCGUGGUCAACCACACCCCUGCACACCUUCUCAAGGAGAUCAUCCUGGUGGACGACAACAGUGACAGUGUGGAGCUGAAGUUCAAUCUGGACCAGUAUGUGAACAAGCGUUACCCAGGCCUGGUGAAGAUUGUCCGCAACAGUAAGAGGGAGGGCCUGAUCCGAGCCAGGAUACACGGCUGGAAUGCUGCAACCGCCCCAGUCGUAGGCUUCUUUGAUGCCCAUGUAGAGUUCAACACUGCCUGGGCGGAGCCUAUCCUGACCAGGGUAAAGGAGGACCACACCCGGAUCAUCCUCCCGGCCAUUGACAACAUCAAGUUCAACACGUUUGAGGUGCAGCAGUACGCCAACGCGGCCCACGGCUACAACUGGGGCCUGUGGUGCAUGUACAUCAUCCCUCCUCAGGAGUGGCUGGACAAGGGCGAUGAGACGGCUCCCAUCAGGACGCCAGCUAUGAUCGGCUGCUCCUUUGUGGUGGACAGAGAAUACUUUGGCGAGAUCGGCCUCCUUGAUCCUGGCAUGGAAGUCUAUGGGGGCGAGAACAUUGAGCUUGGCAUGCGGGUGUGGCAGUGUGGGGGGAGCAUGGAGGUGCUGCCCUGCGCCAGAGUGGCGCACAUCGAGCGGACCAAGAAGCCAUACAACAACGACAUUGACUACUACGCCAAGAGGAACGCCCUGCGGGCCGCCGAGGUCUGGAUGGAUGAGUACAAGUCCCAUGUCUACAUGGCCUGGAACAUCCCCAUGAAUAACCCUGGGGUUGACUAUGGGGACGUGUCUGAGCGGGUGGCCUUGAGGAAGAGGCUGCAGUGUCGAAGCUUCCGUUGGUACCUGGAGAAUGUCUACCCAGAGAUGCGCAUCUACAACAACACCAUCACGUAUGGGGAGGUCAGAAACAGUAAGGCCAGUGGCUACUGUCUGGACCAGGGAUCAGAGGACGAUGACAAAGCCAUCCUCUACCCCUGUCAUGGAAUGUCCUCACAGCUUGCCCGUUACUCAACAGAGGGGCUUCUACAGCUAGGACCCCUAGGGUCGACCACCUUUCUGCCUGACACCAAAUGUCUCAUCGACGACGGAAGAGGGCGCACGCCCAGCUUGAAAAAAUGUGACUCUGUUUCGCGGGUUUCCCAGAGGCUGUGGGAUUUUACACAGAAUGGUCCAAUCAUCAGCAGGGACACUGGACGGUGCCUGGAGGUGGAGAUGUCCAAAGAUGCCAACUUCGGCCUUCGACUGGUGGUGCAGAGGUGUUCUGGUCAAAAGUGGAUGAUACGGAACUGGAUAAAGCAUCCGAGGCAUUGAGGCAAGACAUUAUCUCUGAGAAAAUAAUACCAUUUCAGUCUUGGAGGGCAAACCCAUGGACAGACAGUCAGAGAGCAUUCCAUAUGAGAUAGCUAUAGGCCCUUCGACUGAUGAGAUGAGUAGUUCACAGUGUGUGGACUCUUCUAUGGACUGUGUGCACUGUGCCCUCCCCUUAGGGCAAAGAGCUUUCAACUGCUGAAUAUAUGUUUUCAGCUGAGCUGGGGGUCAAACAUGGAGAGCAUACCAUAGGCCUACAGCGAGCUAUACAGUACUGUUUGAAAUGCUCUACAUUUUUACAGAACAUCCACCUAUGUACAAAAAUAAUAAUAAGACACUGGAAUGCAACUCCCAAGGGGGUUCAACACUGACAAUGACAAGCAAUGUGUUUUUGGUAUAAAGCCAAUCCCAGGAAUCUUUGCAGAUCAAAAGAUGAAAUUGCUUAUCAGUCACCAUAUCAACAUAUAAUUACUUCAGGCUAUCAUUUGGAGAAUUGCUUUGGACAUUUCACUAUCCUGUUAAGAGAUUUAAUAUGCUUCAAAAAGCUGUUCGUCCUCCUGAUGAACUGAUCAGGAUGCAAAGCAACUACUGUUCUCACAAAUACAAAAGGAUAUUAUUUUCUCUUUUUCUUUUUGACUGUAUUGCUCGCCACUGAUUAUCAGAGCAAUAACGUGCCUUUUUCCAUCCUUAUGCUUCAUCUGACCAGGGAAUGUCAAUUCCACAAGCAUGUACAAAUGAGUUUAAAGUAAUUAAUAUAUAAACCAAUGUAAAGAUGUCUAAAUAAUAGUAAUAUAUUGUAAAAUUCUAAUUGGUAUUAGUCCUCCAAGAACAGUUAGGAUAAUAAAAUGUUUUUAUGAUGACCCAGGAGUAUAUUUUGUAAAACUGGAUUCAUUCAAGAAUUCUAGAUUUUAAACCAUUGUUCACAGAGCCAGGUAGUGUACAUAUUGGAACAUUUCAAGAUUUCUAAAGAUGUUCCUUACCCACAAUGCUGUUCACUGCAUGUUACAUGGAAGCCAGGGCCUAUUUUUACAGAUGUAAAGACAGAUGCUGGUGGUUGUUUGACAGCAAAAGCACAAUUACCUGCCUUUGUUGUGUUUCCACUUACAGCCUCCUACUGGAUUCUGGCCUCACAGCUCUCUAAUCGUUAAAAUCCACCCACAGGAUCACAGGUCUUCACAAAGUACUGAAAGCGUUCCAAUUUAUUACGCUCAGCAAGAAACUCUUUCCCCACUGUAUUUUCUGAUGCCCGGACAACUUUGAAGAAAAAUAAUUUUCUCUAAACCUUUUUGGUGCCAUAUUUUGUGCCUCAUUCAUUCUAAUGAAUGGUCAAAAUGCAGAGGUGCAAAUUAAAUUGCUGCAAUUGCUGUGACAUAAAAUGUUCUUGACAA